GCGUCCCGGAAGAGUUAGUGCUGCAAGGGGUUCUGGGUAUUUGUUCUGUUGUGUUUAUGUUGUGUUACGGUGCGGAUGUUCUCCCGAAAUGUGUUUGUCAUUCUUGUUUGGUGUGGGUUCACAGUGUAGCACAUAUUUGUAUCAGUAUUAAAGUUGUUUAUACGGCCACCCUCAGUGUGACCUGUAUGGCUGUUGACCAAGUAUGCAUUGCAUUCACUUGUGUGUGUGAAAAGUAAAGAAUAUAUCGAGUGGAUGCUAUCCUCCUUUGUAGGGACAUUGUUGAUUGUCUUGUACGAAUGUACUUUGUGGACGCCGUCUGCUCCACGCGCCGUAAGUCUUUGCUGUCCUCCAGCAUUCUGUUAUUGUUUACUUUGCAGCCAGUUCAGUUUUAGUUUUGUUUUGCAUAGCCAUCCCUAAGCUUCAAUGGGUCCCAUUCAGCAACCGUUCUUAAGAACACAUUUUUUUUCUUUGGCCCACUUUCGAAGUUUUUAAGGAGAUUUUUGUAUUCACCAAUGUUUUCAUAGCUGGGAUUUGUUCGUAGGUAAGAACAAAAUCUACAAGUGCUCCAGAGCACUCUUAGGGGGGCCUAUUUGUUCUUAAGUGUGACAAGUUCCCUUACUUUUAUUGUCUAAUGUUAUAUUAAUAUCAUAGAUACAUAUAAAUACAGAUAGAUGGAUAGAGAGAUAUAGAUAAGACAGACAGACAUACAGCAAAAUGAGCAACAUAUAGACAUUUCAAAAUACACACACACACACGCAUACACAAUCUCAUGUUAUUUAUUCAAGGAUACUAUUAAACUGAUCAAAGGGGUAAAACAUUUAAAAAUAUUUGAAUUUAUAAAAAUAUGAAUAUAUAAAUAUUUUUUUCAAAAUCAAGUAUUUUGCCAUGAUAAAUGUAGUAUGCAUAUAUAUAUAUAUAUAUAUUUAUAUAUAUAUAUAUAUAUAUAUAUAUAUAUACACACACACACACACACUAUAUUGCCAAAAGUAUUUGGCCACCCAUCCAAAUGAUCAGAAUCAGGUGUCCUAAUGAUGAGAAUCAGGUGUCCUAAUCACUUGGCCCGGCCACAGGUGUAUAAAAUCAAGCACUUAGGCAUGGACACUGUUUCUACAAACAUUUAUGAAAAAAUAGGCCGCGCUCAGAAUCUCAUUGAUUGGAACUGUCAUAGGAUGGAUGCCACCUGUGCAACUAAUCCAGUCGUGAAAUUUCCUCGCUCCUAAAUAUUCCAAAGUCAACUGUCAGCUUUAUUAUGAGAAAAUGGAAGAGUUUGGGAACAACAGCAACUCAGCACAUAGUGCAAAGAGGUCGCCAACUUUCUGCACAGUCAGUUGCUACAGAGCUCCAAACUUCAUCUGACCUUCCAAUUAGCCCACGUACAGUACGCAGAGAGCUUCAUGGAAUGGGUUUCUAUGGCCGAGCAGCUGCAUCUAAGCCAUACAUCACCAAGUAUGUUGAUUUAGUGAUUGGUGACUCUUUAAAAGACCAACAUGCCUCUCACACCCUGUUGCAACUCAUCUCACAUAAUGGCAAUACUUUUGCUGCCACUGCAAGAUACCGCAGAUCGCGCCCUGAGGAUGGCGCGCAUAUUUCACGACCAUAUAGACCUAUUUGCCCGAAGUGACAAAUAUUUAUUUGAACGCUUUAGGCUACCUCAGCAGUCCCCCAUUUCUUAAACAUACGUUUUGACAUUAUGUAUUUACCCCGCGGGAUAAUACAAAUUUGUCUUCUGUAAUGUGUUUGUGUUUUCUCCGUGUGUUUGAUGUUCGGCUUUUCCGCCGGAAUUGUGCCCUUAUAUGGGGAAUUAAGGGCGUUUACCUAUGCAAAUUACGGAAUUACGGGUGUUUACAUAUGCAUAUUGAGAAAAUAAGGGUGUUUUUAUAUGCAAAUUAUGAUAGACACGCAUGCGCAGCUCAAUGAUUUUUGUUUACAUCAUGCAACGUGCGUUUGCGAGAAGAGCGGGUGUGGCCGCUGUGUCAAGAGUGGCAGGAUGUGAGGCUGAAGAGAAGGGAGGCGUACGUGUGUGUUUAGGGGUUAAAUUAUGUGCCUGUUGGCAGGUCUGUUGGUCAUUCUAGGAAUGGGGGUGUCACUGAUCUCAUAUUAAUACUUUUUUUCCUAAUAUUUUCGAGAUCGACUGGUAGGGUCCCAAAGCUCGACAAGUCGAUGGCAAUCGACGGGUUGGUGACCCCUGUUUUAGAUAUUCGCUGUAUUUGGGAGAACUGUUAUUUGAAUAGAAAUUGUACAAAAAAAAGUAUUUUUUUAUGCAUUUUAUUUUGGAUAAACCAGAUGUACCUUAUUGUGAAGGGAACUAAACAGAUUGAGUGUUUGGUUGAUGUAUUUACUUACAAGUGGUAAGUUGCUACUACUUUGUAGCUAAGUUUAAAAAAAAAAAAAAAAAAAAAAGGCAACGUGUACAUUUUGGCAUAGGACAAAACGCCUAUCAGUAAGAAUCUUUCACUCCGCUACAAAAACAAAGCAUUUCUUGUUGAAAAGCAAAAAAAAGGUUAGAUUUUGUUUAGGGCUGCAACUAACAAUUAAUUUGAUAAUCGAUUAAUCUGUCGAUUAUUACUUCGAUUAAUCGAUUAAUAAUCGGAUAAAAGAGACAAACUACAUUUCUAUCCUAUCCAGUAUUUUAUUGAGAGAAAAAAACAGCAUACUGGCACCAUACUUAUUUUGAUUAUUGUUUCUCAGGUGUUUGUAAAUGUUGCAGUUUACAAAUAAAGGUUUAUAAAAAAUAAAAAAUAAAUUAUAUAAAAAAAAAAAAAAGCAUAGAUCAACGAAUCGAUGACUAAAUUAAUCGGCAACUAUUUUUAUAAUCGAUUUUAAUCGAUUUAAUCGAUUAGUUGUUGCAGCCCUAAUUUUGUUAUGCCAUCUCCACAUGUUCCCUUCUUUUUCCCAGGUUGAGAAGGGCAGGAUGGGCAGACAGCGGAAGAGGGUGGUGACGGGGGAGGCUGCCCCUCCUCUGAGAAAAGACGAUAAGCCCCUUGCGUUCCACCGCAAGGAGAAAAAAAAGAAAAUCGACAUUGGCAAAAUUUUCAUCAACAUCUCAAUAGGCCUUUGUGUGGUCAGCCUGAUCUGGUUCUUCUAUGCCCUGUACAUGCGGUCCAGUCUGGCCAAGCGAGUCGUGACCCUGCACCCGUCACCUCGUGUUCUUGAUGCCAAUUCCAGCAGUGCCCAGGUCUCACCAGAGAGAUUCUGGGGUUCUUACAGGCCACAGGUCUACUUUGGUAUGAAAACAAGGAGUCCCAGGUCAAUUGUGACAGGUAUGAUGUGGAUGCGUCAGUUUUCGGACAUGGACGUAAUCCUGAGGCACACCUGCGAGCAAGGAGAUCGCUUGCAGGGUUACGGCUGGUUGAUGCAUGAUGGGAUCACCUUUGGCGUCCAGGAGAUCAGAGACAGCGAUUUCACACUGACCACAGAGUUUGUCAAGAGAAUGGGAGGAGAUCACGGUGGGGACUGGACUUGGCGGGUCACUGCUAAACAGCACAGCUCUGCCCCAAAGGCACCAGUCCUCUCUCUGAUGUUAUAUGCAGCUGCAGAUACCCAAGGGUCACUGGAGGCUCAUGUAGAGGAGAAAAGCCGCCUUGCUUCCAUCACCGGCGUCUCCGAAGAGCUUGGCAAUUUCAAAAUCACAUUUCGAAAACCUGUCACCGGGGAAUUAUCCAGUCCUAAAUAUGCAAGUUAUAACUACCUUCAGACUGUCUCUCCUGGCUUGGAGAAGCUGACCGAAAUUGUGAAGCACAGUCUGAACCGCAGGUUUGUCUACAGCCCACCAUCAGGCGAAAAGAGGCAUUACAUUGCUGUAGACACCUACAAGCCCCCGCAUCCCCAACAUAAGCCACCCGAUGCGAGGAAAGAGAGCGACUUUGUGGUUCACCAAGUCACGGUCCAAACACCGUUUCAAAUGGAAGUUCUCUUUGAGUCUGGAAGCUUUCGCAGCCGGCACGACCAGCUCGUGGGCCCGAUUAUGACCCAGGAGCUGGAGAAGAGGAAAUCUGAGUUUGACGCCAAGUUUGAGGAGACGUUUGGACUUGAAAGCAAAGGCUACAGUCAGCCACAUAUCAGGUUGGGUAAGGCGGCACUUAGCAACAUGUUGGGUGGAAUGGGUUACUUCCACGGCCAGUCAGUGGUACAGUCCAUCUACAACGAAUACCCACUCCUGUACCCCCAAGGUGUGUUAUUCACUGCAGUCCCAUCACGCUCUUUCUUUCCCAGGGGUUUUCUUUGGGAUGAGGGUUUUCACCAACUGCUGCUGAGUAAGUGGGAUCCACAGGUGACGAGAGAGGCAGUUUCCCACUGGAUAGACUUAAUGAAUAUGGAGGGCUGGAUCCCCCGUGAGCAGAUACUCGGCGACGAGGCUCACAGUAAGGUCCCUGCUGAGUUUGUAGUUCAGCGGAACGAGAACGCCAAUCCGCCCACUCUCUUUUUAGCUCUUGAAAAACUAAUUGAACAGUUCUCUUUAAAUUCGGCCAGCAUGGAGUCUCAGCCAACCUUGCCUUUUCUCAAACGACUCUACCCAAGACUAAAAACCUGGUUUGAGUGGUACAAUACCACUCAGUCGGGACCCUUGCCUAACUCGUACCGGUGGCGUGGACGUGACAAGGACACCAAUGUCUUCCUCAAUCCUAAGACUCUGACAUCGGGUCUUGACGAUUACCCACGAGCCUCACAUCCGUCCGCAGAUGAGCGCCAUGUGGACUUGCACUGCUGGAUGGCUUUGUCCUCUGGCAUCAUGGCUCGAAUCGCUCAGCUUUUAGGUGAACCCCACCAGGACUAUGAAGCUACCCACAAAAUGCUCACGGACAACAAUCUGCUGAAUGAACUUCACUGGUCCGUGCAGCUCCAUGCUUUCAGCGACUAUGGCAACCACACAGCGGCUGUGACCUUGCAGCAGGAAAAGGUGUACAUCUCCCCCGGAGAACGCCGCCAUCAGUUCCCUGUGGCACGUCUUGUGCGCCAUGUCCGCAAGGCUCCCAAACUCCAAUAUGUCAACGCUUUGGGUUACGUUAGUUUGUUCCCCUUCUUACUACAUGUUCUCCAGCCGGACUCGCCCAAAAUAGAACACAUUCUUAAUGACAUGAAAGACCCUAAUAAGCUGUGGACACCUUACGGCCUGCGUUCUCUUUCAAAGACCGAUCCCAUGUAUAUGAAACGCAACACGGAACACGAUGCCCCCUACUGGAGGGGACCGGUAUGGAUUAAUAUAAACUACCUGGCAGUGAGAGCCCUUCACCACUACAGCAAUACACAGGGGCCCUAUCAAGAGCGGGCAGCUGCUCUUUAUGAGGAACUCAGGACUAACAUUAUCAGUAAUGUGUACAGACAGUAUGUCGAAACAGGUUAUAUCUGGGAACAGUACAAUGAUACAACUGGCAGGGGUCAAGGUAGUCACCCCUUUACUGGCUGGUCGGCCCUAACUUUGUUAAUGAUGGCUGAACAGUAAUAAUAUAAUUUUUGUCCACAGUACAUGAUUUGAAGAAGAAAAACAAUCUAGCUUUGAUUCAUGAACAGUGUUAAGAGUAACAGCAUUACAAAAUAACUGUUAUUACCACUUCCGCUAGGUGGUUAUGUGUUCGCCGGCAACAACAAAACUCAUAAUGAAACUUUCAGGAAAUGUCAGAAAUAAGAUAAGGGACAAGUGAUUUAAGUUUUAGGGGUGAUCCAGAUGAUUUCUACUACGUCACCUUACGUUUAGGUUACAAGCUUCAACUUCCUUGUGUGUGUAUGCUACCAACCACGCCUCCACCCACAGAGACUAAAACAGUGCAGUCUGUUUUGAAGCGACAGGGCGACAAGAAACACGCACAGACAUGCCAAUUUUACUUAUCCUUCAAUAAAUUAGGUUAUGUUAUCGCUGGGGUUUUGUUGUCUCUUUGUUAGUUGGCAACAUAGCUCAAACAAUUAUUGGUGGAUUUUAAUAAAACCUUUAUGAAAUGUCAAAAAUGGAAUAAGGAACACGUUUUUAGAUGUUGGGGGUAAUCCGGAUCACCGUCUACAGUCAGGAUUUUUCAAAAUAAUUCUUUAAUAUUGGGAGACAGGGCCUGGCGGAGGUCUGCGUACUCUGGGUGCUUUUCUAGUUAUCGUGGUUUUCUGAUAAUGUGUAUUUUAAAUACUAUUUCAAAUGUUGCAACACUCUUACCGUUAGCGUCAGUGUGGUCAAGGAGAGGCCCGGCCGUAGACGCAUUUUCAAUUGCUUUAUUAACUUGCGGUAACAACAACAUGCAGUGAACCCAUUCAGCAGUCGCUGCUGUUGGUCGUGACUUACGCCAGUCACUCCACACGCAAACUGGUAACCAGGGAUGGGUACCGAAUUCUGUACUUUUGUAGAUAUCGAGCCGUCCAAAUUCCGUUGGGACUGCCGGGUACCGAUUCAUGUAAACUCAAACGGUAUCAUAUUUCGAUACCUCGGUUGCUUGUGACGUCACGCUCAGUUGCAGACUACCAAGCCCUUAGCCGGAGUGCCUCUAGAUAGUGUUACAAUUUUACAUGCCAACAAACAAAGCAAGCAUCCCUGAUAGAAAAUGCUCACAAGUAAGGCUCUGCUUUUCAAAAUGUGUUAUCUUGAUGCUAAUUUACAUUGGAAAUGCCAUAUGCCAGUGUUUAAUAUACAUCAACAACAAUCCAAAAGUUCGAAAAUCGAGGUCCAGCUGUACCAGAAAGCCAGUGUUGUUUACAAGUGCACUAUGAAAAUGACGGCAAGAAGAAUCCAUAAUUCUCCGUUUAAGCCCUUUUGCAAGUGUGAGUUUUAAGGACAAACGUAUGCAGUUGCGUGUUGACAAGAGGCCAAAAUUAACAAGUAUGACUUUCAAAAGUAUCCAUGUUCGUGUGGACAUGGGCUAAGAUGCACGUACAAUCAAACAACUGCUAUGUAAUAAAUACAAUACUUUGUAAACAUUUUGUAGGGCUCAACCAAAGAUAAGACUGGCACCUUCAACUAAAUGGCAAAGAAUACUUCCUGGCUGUAUUAACACAUCGAGGACAAAUUGUACAUGCUGUGAUAUUUCAGUAUAUCCACUAUAAAAAAGAGAAACCUGUCUUCAGUUUUGUUGGCUUUAAUUGCAGCAACAUUCUGACACUUGCAAUGCUCUGCAAAAAUGCCCCCCGUGUUGCAAAGUGGACUUGCAAGAAAUAACUGCACAGCAUUAAAUUGAAUUAAAACAUCUAGAUGAUUUAUCAAACAAUUAACCACACACACACACACAAAGUACCAAAAAUUGGUACUGUUGAGUACCGUUAUCGAGUCCCAGGUAUACCGAGACUCUGUACCUAAUUACAUUUAUUAAGGAGUAAAUCCGUUACUUCCAUCUAUUUUCUACCGCUUGUCCCUUUCUGGAUUGCGGGGGUCUGGAGCCUAUCCCAGCUGCACUCGGGUGGAAGGCAGCGUACACGCUGAACAAGUCUGCACCGCAACGCAGGCCCAACACAGAAAUUCGUUACUUAUAGAUAAACUUUUUGGGAAAGUACCGGUACCUGAAUAAUUACAUUUUUUUUUAGAUAACACUGUUCAUGAAUGUACUAAUUGACCAAUGCAGGUCAGUUGUAUUGUGUAAAACAGGGGUGUCAAACUCAUUUUAGCUCAGGGGCCACAUGGAGGAAAAUCUAUUCCCAGGUGGGCCGGACUGGUAAAAUCAUGGCAUGAUAACUUAAAAACAAAGACGACCACAGAUUGUUCGCUUUGUUUUACUUUGGCCAGAAAUAGAAGAAACACAUUCUGAAAAUGUACAAAUCACGAAUAAUCCUUUUGACAAAACACUUCAAAUUCUGAGGGGAAAAAAAUGUGUGCGGUUUGAAAAACACAACAAACUUAGACUUUGUCUCAGUGUAUCUACAAAGCCAAUAAACAUGAAGUCACAGCCUAUCUGGGAUUGAACAGAAUAAAUAUACUUCUAGGUGUCAAAUAUCUCAUUUGUCAUGUCCAGGUAUUAACCCUGUGCUAACUCGACAAACUACGCACACGGAUGUAGAAACUGUUGAACGGUUGAGUUACACUCACGUUUCUCGUUUUUGACAGAAACAUUUAGGGGCAAUGAGGGCGCCAAAGAACAAUGCGUUUGAAGCAGAAGACCUAAAACUGCAGGUUUUGCAUUUAAUUUGUUCGAGAGGAGGAGCCACAGCCACGCGUUACCACAGCUUUAUGCGCUUUACUGUGUACCUCUUGCUGGGCCCCGGUAUCAAGCGUUUGCUUGCCCAACAGAGUUGUUAUUGUGACACCCAGUGGACACAUUUAGAUCAGCAGUUUCUUUCAUUAAACAAUCUCAGCUCAAUUUUUUUUACUUGGCAAACUCAUCUAUCAGGCCCACGGGCCGUACAUUUGACAUCCCUGGUGUAAAAGUAUGUACUGUACAAAGUGUAGCUACCCUGUCUCUAUGAAGCCAUUCAUUUACAGUCGUCCCUCACCACAUCAUGCUUCACUCUUAUCGCAGGUUUUAAAGUAUUUUACAAGUAUUUUUGGCCUAAAUUAAGCAUUUUGAAGCAUUAUGCACCUGGGGAUAAGUUGAUUGGCAACACUAAAUUGGCCCUAGUGUGUGGAUGUUAGUGUGAAUGUUGUCUGUCUAUCUGUGUUGGCCCUGCGAUGAGGUGGCGACUUGUCCAGGGUGUACCCCGCCUUCCGCCCGAUUGUAGCUGAGAUAGGCUCCAGCGCCCCCCGCGACCCCAAAGGGAAUAAGCGGUAGAAAAUGGAUGGAUGGACAAUGGCUAAAUGAACUGAACAUACUACAUUAGUAUUGGCCACCAUCGAGACCAAACCAAUCAGCGCACUGUUCUGUAUCGUGGACAAUGAUUGGCUCAAAUUCAGGCAGCAUCCAGUCCCGCCUUUACGGGUGUAAAGGUGAUUACAUGGGUGUUAUUUGAUGCUCAGAGGGCUCUCGUUGUGUUGAAAAAACUUAUUUUGAAGGUUGUAAACCGUUUUUUUAUGCUGUGUAUUUGAUUUAUAAUAAUGAAUCUUACUUCGCGGAAAUUAAUUGACCACGAUCAGGACCGGAACAAAUUUACUGUAGCGAAACAUGCUGUUUUAUUUAAAUAUCAGGGAGUGGCUUUCUACUUCCAUUAAACCUGCCAUGCAUAAAUGAACGUUUACUUGACAUUUGUACUGUUUUCUCAUCAUGACUGCUUAUUUGGAUUAUUGCAUAGGCUUUCAUUCACUCACUCACUGCUUUUGAAAGCAGUCGUGUUUUGUAUUUGCCGAAUCAGCAUUUACUUUGCCAUCGAUCAUGUUAGUGUCAACGUUGUGUCAAAAGAAUAAAUGAUUUGCAUAUGGA